GUCAAAUUUCUCUUAAAUCAAUUGUAUUUAUCGGGUCUAGCAAAUCAUUGAUUAUUAUUAUUAUUACUAUUUUUGUUGUUUUUAAGGCGAUAUUUUUGUUUUUAAUUGAUAAAUAAAUAACUUUUUUUCACUUUCAUUUUUACAAUUUCUCUGCGGUGGUUUUUCUGUUCAGACAGGGAAAAUACCGGACAGUGGUUUUCCAGACAACUAGAGAGAGUGAAAUUAACUGAGGGGAAUUCUACUUUCUCGAGAAAUUUUUUUCUCAGGAAACAAACAGUUGUUUUUAAUUCUCUGAGAAAGAAAAUAGUUUUAAGAGUGAAAAUCAAGGGAAUUGAGGGGUUAGGACAGUUUGAGCAACCUUAGUAGGCAAAUGUGUUUAAGUUUUUAUGUCCUAACUGUUUCAGUUAAAGCUUGAGAACUGCUCCUUGGACAUUGGAAGUUGUUGAUAGUGGAAUGAGAAUCUAGAUUUGGUGAAAAUUGGUUUUUAGGUUUAUUUAUAGUGAUUUUGAGUAAUUGUGCAUGGAGACAAGAGAAGCAUUAGCUUCAGGGGUUACAGUGAUAGGAGCUGAAGCUCCGUCGGCUUAUCAUGUAGCGCCGAGGGCUGAAAACUCUAACCAGUUUAAUGCUGCAGUUUCCCCGCCGGUGGGUGUGUCACCCGUUAGUGUAGGAUUGACGGGAUCAACGGAAAAGAAGAAGAGAGGUAGGCCUAGGAAAUAUGGACCGGAUGGGGCGGUAGCUAGGCCGCUGUCACCAAUGCCGAUUUCAGCUUCAGCUCCAGCAGGUGGAGAUUUCUCUUCUGGAAAGCCUGGUAAAGUUUGGCCCGGUAGCUAUGAGAAAAAGAAGUACAAGAAAAUGGGAAUGGAGAAUUCAGGUGACGUGGAAGGUGGUUCAGUUGGUACAAAUUUUACUCCCCAUGUCAUCACUGUCAACGCUGGAGAGGAUGUUACAAUGAAGGUUAUAUCAUUUUCGCAACAAGGACCUCGAGCAAUUUGCAUCCUAUCAGCUAAUGGAGUAAUUUCAAAUGUCACUCUUCGUCAGCCCGAUUCUUCUGGGGGUACUUUGACAUACGAGGGCCGCUUUGAAAUACUCUCAUUAUCUGGUUCAUUUAUGCCUACCGAGAGUCAAGGAACAAGGAGCAGAUCAGGUGGAAUGAGCGUCUCUUUGGCAAGCCCCGAUGGUCGUGUUGUUGGAGGAGGUGUCGCUGGACUUCUAGUUGCUGCUAGUCCUGUGCAGGUUGUUGUCGGCAGUUUCCUCCCCGGCAACCACCAGGACUACAAAACGAAGAAGGUAAAGAUGGACGCGAUGCCGGCUACUAUUACACCAACCCAAGCUAUAGCUGUUCCUAUACCCGCUCCUAAUAGAGAACGAGAUGAAAGUAUGGGCGGUAACGGGCUCGGACAUGGGCACGGGCAUCAAAAUUCCAGUCCCUUCCAAAGGGAAAACUGGACCCUGCACCCAGUGCAUGACAUGAGAAAUUCAGGAACCGAUAUCAAUAUAUCUUUACCAGAAGGUUAAUGGCGCUAUAUACCAUGUCAAGAAGCUCAAGAUCUCUAACUCACUAAAUUGUUUGGUCCGGAUAUUCUACAAGGAGUGUGUAGCGCUCCUCUUAUCGCAGUUAUUUGUAAGCUUAUCGAAUCAUUGCUUUUAGGGCAUGAAGUAGGUUCAGGCAGGAUAUAAUGUUCUUUGGGUAGACACAAUUUUCAGAUUGAUUUAUUAAGCUAAUUUGAGUUUUUAGGCUGUCAUAGGUACAAAAUGUUUGUUUGAACUAUAUGUUGGUUGGUGCUUUCUUUUAGUGACAGUUUCUUGCAGAA